CUUUGUUCCACGUAUUUCCAUUGCUCCGCCUACCUAUGCUGACGAGAUUUUUUCUCAUUGCAUCCAUUUUUGUGCAUUUAAGAAAUAUCCAAGAAUUAACACAGAGGGAAAGCGAGAUACGAAGGACGCAAAAGAUAACGAGAAAAAGGACAAGACAUCUUUAUUCCAAGAUGCGAAUAGCCGCUCUCUAAAAGAGGGCAGCGAUGGGUUAGACAGGAUUUAACAUGAUUGCAAAAUAAAAGCAAUUAUAUCUAAAGAUGUCUGCUCCGCUUGGGCCCCGGGGCGGCCCGGCCGCUCCUCCUGCGGCUGCUCUCCCAGAGAUGCCGGACCUCAGCCACCUCACUGAGGAGGAGAGAAAGAUCAUCCUCGCAGUCAUGGACCGACAGAAGAAGGAAGAGGAAAAGGAACAGUCAAUGUUAAAGGACAAAGAAGAACAAAAGCCUCAGCCAGCACAGUGGUUUCCCUUUAGUGGGAUCACUGAGCUGGUUAAUAACGUUCUACAGCCCCAGCAAAAAUCCCAAAAUGAGAAGGAUCCUGAUACGAAAUUGCACCAGCAGUUUGAAAUGUACAAGGACCAGGUGAAGAAGAUUGGAGAAGAAGCACAGCUGACGCAGGAGCAGAAGGGGGACACGCCCACCUGCGGGAUCUGCCACAAGACCAAGUUUGCCGACGGCUGCGGCCACAUCUGUUCAUAUUGCCAAACUAAAUUCUGUGCGCGGUGUGGAGGUCGCGUGGCUCUGCGGUCAAAUAAGGAGGACAAAGUGGUAAUGUGGGUAUGCAAUUUGUGCCGAAAACAACAAGAAAUCCUCACCAAGUCGGGUGCCUGGUUCUACGGCGGCCCCAACUCAUCCCAGCAGCCAGGCGGCGCUGACGGGGCCCGGGGACGCCGGCACGAGGAGGCCCCCCAGGAGAAGAGGGCCAAGCUGCAGGGCCCGUCCCCCGACCUGUCCGACAAAAGCAGACCUUACGGGCUCCCCCGGCAGGAGUCCCUCCGAAACGGUUCAGGGCUGAGGCAUUCGGGUCCAGGAGACGGGCCUGACGGGAAAAGAAGCCCGUCAGCAUCCAGGGACCCAAACCAAAAAUACGACCAAAGGGAGGAGAGGGGUGACUGCUCGCAGUAUGCCCUGUCGGACGGCGGGAUGCCAAGAUCGCCAUCGGACUACGGGGGGCGGGACCCCCGCAGGGCGGGCCGGGGCUCGCGGAUGUACGAGGACGCGGACACGGCUCGUGGGGAGUACCAGGCCCGGCGGGGUCGCUGGCGCUCCCAGGAGUACCCCCCGGAUGAGGAGCUGGACCCCCAGCUGAGCGAGUACGAGCUGCAGCGGAGGAGGGAGGAGGAGUACCAGGCCCGUUACCGCAGCGACCCCAACCUGGCCCGCUACCCGGUCAAGCCCCAGCCCUACGAGGAGCAGAUGCGCAUCCACGCCGAGGUGUCCCGCGCGCGGCACGAGCGUCGCCAUAGCGACGUCUCGCUGGCCUACACCGAGCUGGACGAGCCGCAGGGGCCCGGGGGGAGGGGCGAGCGCUCGUCCCGCCCCCGCGGCCCCGCCCCCGGCGAGGGCCUGCGCUCCUACUCGGUGGAUAGAACUUCUCCCAGCCGCCGGUCCAACCACAGCCCCCCGACCCCGCGCCGGAGCCCCGUGCUGGGGGAGAGGGCGGGGCCCGUGCGCGUGCAGCAGCACCACCUGGACCCCAGCUCCGCCGUGCGGAAGACCAAGCGGGAAAAGAUGGAGACCAUGCUGCGCAACGACUCGCUCAGCUCCGACCAGUCCGAGUCGGUCCGCCCGCCGCCGCCCAAGCCCCACAAAACCAAAAAGCUGGGCAAGAUGCGGCAGCUGUCCUUCAGCAGCUCGGAGGAGGAGCUGGCCACCACGCCCGAGUACACCAGCUGCGAGGACGUGGAGAUCGAGAGCGAGUCCGUCAGCGAGAAAGGGGACAGUCAAAGGGGAAAAAGAAAAGCAAUUGAGCAGGCGUUUAUGUCCGACUCGGCUUACACCUUAACUGAGAGGCAAAAGAAAACGGUGCGCUUUGGGGGCGAUUCGUUCGAAGAGGACUUGGAAUGGUGCGAACCCCAGGUUAAAGACUCUGGCGUUGAUACGUGCAGUAGCACUACCCUAAACGAGGAGCAUAGCCAUAGUGAGAAGCACCCUGUGACAUGGCAACCAUCCAAAGAUGGCGAACGCUUGAUAGGGCGGAUUUUGCUAAACAAAAGGAUGAAAGAUGGAAGCGUGCCUCGAGAUACAGGAGCGUUGUUGGGACUGAAGGUGGUUGGAGGAAAGAUGACAGAAUCUGGUAGACUUUGUGCUUUCAUCACGAAAGUGAAGAAAGGAAGUCUAGCAGAUACUGUUGGACACCUCCGACCAGGCGAUCAGGUACUGGAGUGGAACGGGAGACAUUUACAAGGAGCCACAUUUAAAGAAGUUUACAAUAUUAUUUUAGAAUCCAAGCCUGAACCCCAGGUGGAGCUGGUGGUUUCGCGACCCACUGGGGAUGUUUCCAGAAUACCAGACAGCACACAUGCACAACUGGAGUCAAGCUCAAGUUCCUUUGAGUCCCAGAAAAUGGAGCGCCCCUCUAUCUCUGUUACUUCUCCCAUGAGCCCAGGCAUGCUGAGGGACGCCCCCCAGUACCUGUCUGGACAGCUCUCAAGCCAAAGCCUUAGUAGAAGAACUGCGCCUUUUGUCCCUAGGGUUCAGGUAAAACUCUGGUAUGACAAAGUGGGCCAUCAGCUCAUCGUCACAAUCUUGGGAGCAAAAGACCUACCCUCCAGGGAAGAUGGGCGGCCAAGGAACCCCUACGUAAAAAUCUACUUUCUCCCUGACAGAAGCGACAAAAGCAAGAGAAGAACAAAAACGGUAAAGAAAUCUUUAGAGCCCAAAUGGAACCAGACCUUCAUGUACUCGCCCGUGCACCGGCGGGAGUUCCGCGAGCGCAUGCUGGAGAUCACGCUGUGGGACCAGGCGCGGGUCCGGGAGGAGGAGAGCGAGUUCCUGGGAGAGAUCCUGAUUGAGCUGGAGACGGCCCUAUUGGACGACCAGCCCCACUGGUACAAGCUGCAGACGCACGACGUGUCCUCCAUGCCGCUGCCCAACCCCUCGCCCUACAUGCAGCGCAGACUGCUGCAGGGAGAGAGCCCCACCCGCAGGCUGCAGAACAAAGGCCCGUAUUUGUACAAUUCAGGAUCCCAGAGAAUCAGUGACAGUGAGAUCUCUGAUUUUGACUGCGAGGACGGGAUCGGAGUAAUAUCAGAUUACAGGCACAACGGCAGGGACCUGCAGAGCUCCACGUUGUCCGUGCCCGAGCAGGUGAUGUCAUCCAACCACUGCUCCCGGUCGGCGGAGAUGAACCGGGUCCGGUCACGGUCGCCCAGCGUCCCCCCUCCUCACAGCCGGAGCCUGGACCACGGCGCCCGCGGUGGCCCGUCGCAGUACAACACCACGAGCCGGAUGGACCGCCAGCGCACUUCGGAGGACCGCUACUCCCCCGACAGCCACUAUCUCACCCUACCUCCUCGAUCCAGACACAGCCAGCCUGACCGCCAUUACACAGAGUCCAGCAGCAACAAUCUCAUUCACCCGAUCUAUCGAGAAGACGCAGUCAGAUUACUGCGCUCGACUAGGAUGGCUCGCACGUAUUCCGAAGGGGCUUACAGUGAACAACAGAGGAGGUUAGAGUGGGAGAGGAGGCUGUCCAUGGCCUACUACGGCCGGUGUGAUUCCCCCGAACGGUGCCAGGGAUAUGGAUAUUACCAUGGUCCUAAUCAUACGCCAAACCCUUGGUCGAAUCAUGUAAUGAACGGCACCUGUGGGAACUACUGGGAAGAGAAUGCCUCUGCAGAACCACAGCCUAAGGAAGAGAAAAUGAGGCAUUGCAGAGGCCUGGACAGGCAUGAGUAUCACAGGUCCAGGUCAGCUGAUCAGAGGCCAGCGCUGGAGCGCCCCUCCUUCUCCUCCUCCUCCCGCUCACGGUCCACGGAGCGCCCCGACUCCAACUACAUGAGGUCCAUGCCGUCCUUACCGUCCGGAAGAUCCGCCCCUCCCUCACCCGCCUUAACGAGGGCGCACCCCCGCAGCGGAUCGGUCCAAACCAGCCCCACGAGUACCCCCGUGUCCGGGCGGAGAGGACGGCAGCUACCACAGGUCCCUUCCAAGGGGACGCUGGACAGAAAAGAUGGAGACCAAGGAACAGAGCCUUACGAAGGUGCCAUGGAGGUAGAAGAACGAACGCGGCAAAUGAAGUUGAAGAUGAACAAGUACAAGCAGGGAGCUGGCUCCGACUCCAGGCUGGAGCAGCGGUCAGGCAGGGAUCCGCAGCGAGGCUCGGACAACCUCUCCACCAAGUCGUCGGACAGUGAUGUAAGCGACGUGUCCGCUGUGUCGAGGACCAGCAGUGCCUCUCGAUUCAGCAGCACGAGCUACAUGUCUGUCCAGUCCGAACGGCCGCGGGGGAACCGCAAGAUCAGUGACUUUACGUCCAAAAUGAAAAACAGGCAGAUGGGUGUGUCCGGGAACAACAUGGCCAAGAGCUCCAGCAUCAGCGGGGACAUGUACACGCUGGAGAAGACGGACGGCAGCCAAUCGGACACGGCCGUGGGGACGGUGGAGACCGGGGACAAGAAGAGGCGCUCCAGCAUCGGUGCCAAAAUGGUGGCGAUCGUCGGCCUCUCGAGGAAAAGCCGGAGCACGUCUCAACUUAGCCAAACAGCAGGGGGAAAGAAGCUGCGCAGUACAGUGCAGAGGAGCACAGAGACCGGGCUCGCCGUGGAGAUGAGGAGCCGGAUGACACGGCAGGCGAGCCGGGAGUCCACCGACGGCAGCAUGAACAGCUACAGCUCGGAGGGAAACCUCAUCUUCCCUAGUGUGCGGCUCUCGUCUGACAGCCAGUUCAGCGACUUCCUGGAUGGGUUAGGCCCCGCCCAACUCGUCGGUAGACAGACGCUAGCCACACCUCCAAUGGGUGACAUCCAAAUUGGAAUGGUGGACAAGAAGGGAUCCCUGGAGGUGGAGGUCAUCCGAGCCCGUGGUCUUGUGGGAAAGCCAAGUUCAAAGGCACUGCCAGCACCCUAUGUGAAAGUGUACCUGUUGGACAAUGGAGCCUGUGUAGCCAAAAAGAAAACUAAAGUAGCAAGAAAAACCCUGGACCCCCUCUACCAGCAGCAGUUGUCGUUUGAGGAGAGUCCGACAGGAAAAGUGUUACAGAUCAUUGUCUGGGGAGACUAUGGACGCAUGGACCACAAAUCCUUUAUGGGAGCUGUUCAGAUACUAUUAGAUGAUCUAGACUUGUCCAACAUGGUGAUUGGCUGGUUCAAACUCUUCCCCCCUUCCUCAUUGGUGGACCCAACCCUGGCACCUUUAACUAGAAGAGCUUCCCAAUCCUCGUUGGAUAGUUCCUCGGGACCUUGCGCUCGAUCGUAGCACUGCAAGGGACAAGUAGCGUUGUCGUAGCAACCAGCAUCGGAGUCAACGGUCUCAACAAGUCACGCCCCGGUUCCACUGCAUGCUUGAUGUUGUGUCUUCUGAGCCGGUUACUAGGGGAACGAGGUGCGGGCCCGGCGCUGCCGGCCGACGCCGCACUCAGACAGAGCCCCUGUGAGCGCGAGCCGGGCGCGGGAAGAACUCACUACAGCGCCCGGAACUCCGCGGUACUCCGUUUCCAUCCAAACUCGAAGCCAUGGAGAAAAAAAGAGAAAAUAACAGAGAACCGAUCGAUGAGUUCUACAGAAACCCUUUUAAAAAAAAUUGAAAAGUCAUUGUUUUUUGUUUGUUUUUUUUUUUGUUUUUUUGUUUGUUUCGUUUUGUUUGUUGUUGAUAUUCCUGUUGUACCCAAUGGGGUGACAAUGUUUCUUACCAGAUGCUUGGUAACGCCAUGCCAACAAGCCCAGCUGUGAGCCACAGGGACUAUUGUCAGCAGCCGAGGGACGAUCUGGGUCGGGAUGGGCUAACCGACACCCAGAUGAGCCUAACCCUCCUCUACCCCUACAUAUGCAUUAUGUACUCAGAGUUAAAGCUGAUCUUGAGAGACUAUUCAAAGUUUUUAAAAAAUGGCAAUACAGAUGUGGCUAUCGUCCAGGAUCCAGUAUACAUUAGAACCCACACCAACUAAAUGAACUUUUGUGAUCUGAUAGAAUUAUUUCUCUGUUCAUACCUUCUGUGAAAUUGAAAAGAAAAAGAAAAACAAAGGAUUUUUUGCAUGGACACAAAUUUAGCUGAACUGAAAAAGUAUAUUUAAAAAAUUAUUUUCUUGAGGCUGCAACUUGCAACAAAAAGAAAAAAGACCAGAUCAGCCAUUUUCAACGAUUUAUAUUAUUUUUAAAGAUAAAUUUCACUAAUGCAUGGUUUUCAAGGGGAGUGAAUGCAAGGGUGUGAUUAAAAAAAAUAAACUAUGAUUUACCAUCCUUUAGACAAUUCAUUCGCCUGUAUUUUUACAGAUGUUCAGAAAAGGGAAACUAAAAAAAAAAACUUGCAUAUAUUGAAGAGAAAAGAUGUUUAUGUGACAAAGAGAGGAUAAAUUAAAUGUAAAGUAUUUAUUUCAUUGUAAAGGCGAAAGCCUUAUGAAGAUAAACAUUAUGUGCAAAUUGUACACUCCUCUCUCUCCUCCAUCCCAGGGUGACUGUUGAACUAAUCAUUGCCAUUGUUGUCGGAUCCUCCGGAAUGUGUCCAGAUGUUUCAGGACUGUAGAUUAUGUUACAGCCCUGUAUUACACAAUAUUACUUUGGGAUAUGAUUUGUUUUACAAGCAUGUUGAAAGUUCUUUUCUUUUUGUUUUGUUUUGUUUUCCUUUUUUGCAACAUGGCUUGGACACACUUCCAGUAACUCAGCAUGUUUUGAUAGAGAAGAUAUUUGGAAUUUUUGCAGUUUCUUGUACAGUGCAUGUAAACUAAGUUGCUUUUCUCCCUCACCUCGAAUUGAACUCCACAGAGAAUCAGUGGCUGAGCUUUCAUGGCCAACCAUGCAAACAUUUGACGAAAACAUUCCACCUCCCAGAUUUGCGGUUUCUUUCCGAUUAACAAUUGAAGAACUAAAGUAAAAGUUUUGUAUUUAAUGGAGGUUGACUAGAAAAAAUACUUAAAGUUGCAAGUAUAUUUUAUUUUAAUAUUGUUAUAAAGAAAAAAAAAAUCCAAAAUGGAUUACAUCAGUUGGUAUAGCAAGAUGAAAUAUACCAGGCCAAGCCACAGCAGAGGCUAGUUCUGUAAUGGACUCGACAUUUGCUGUGAAGAUCAUUUUUACAGGCACUGUUUGUGAAACUUGGAAUGCAUCACAUGGUAUUUGGAAACCGCGAAUUGCCACACAACAUGGAUUUUUAAUUGUUUCCUGUUUUGAGAAAAUAAAAUUAAUUUGCUAUAUUUGAUUAGUUUAUUUAAAAGCAAACACCAACCAUAAAAUAAGAAAACUGUAAUAAAUGUGAUUUUAUUUUUUCCUUUUUUUUUUUUUUUUUUUUUUAGUAAUUAUUGCUUCUCAAAAUGGGGAGUAUAUGAAUUUAAAAGUAAUUAAAAUAUUUUCAUUAAAAUAUUAAAAUUGUGAGACAUGAUUCCUCUUCCUUAGAGAAAAAAAAUGUUUUAUCUUGUAGAGGUAUGCACUGGACUUUUUGCAACAAGUUCCAUAUUUAAUUUUGCAUUGUACAUACCAACUGAUAGGACUGACAUAAUUUUAAUAUACAGUACAUAGCUUGUUCUGGAAAAGGAGUCAUACCUCACAUGACAGACAGGUGUUAUUUACCCUUUUGAAUGCCUUUUCUUUUUUGGUGCAAUGUGUUCCUGCCAAGGCUAUGUCUUGGGACAGUAUGGUUGAGUACAGAGAUUUAUGUAAGUUAUUUUUCAAAUUAAAAAUAAAAAACUGGAUAUUACACAAA